AUGCCUGCGCUGUAUCUUGAAGACCGUCCAACUAUGGCCUCAUUUUCGUAUGAUCAUGAGGCGGACUUUUGGGGUGUUUUGAUCAACCCCGAUAAGAGUCCCUCACCGUUGCUGGAACAACUGUGUCUGGGGAUUGCCCAUGUGAUUACCACCUUUGAUCAACUCGCCAUCCCUGACCUCACACCGGAGCGACUCGCGGCUUUUUAUCGUAAAGUCGGCGGAAACUACGAUGUCCUCUUUCUCGAUACGAAACCUUCCGCCCUAUCCUUUAUAUACCAGCGCCUUGGCUGCUUCCACAGCAUCCAGCCCUCCGCCGACCCCUAUAAGCCUCCGUCGAUCCCGGCGUUACAGCCCCACGGCUUCGUGCGAUGGCAGACCAUCCAGAUCCUCCUCGAUCCAGAUGAGCAUGUUUCAUAUUUGCAGAACGCUGUCGAACGAUGGGACAUUCUCAGCCCCAACGGAACUCUUUUCCCGAAGACAAUCCCCCGCGAGGCCUUCCCAGCGGAACCAGACCCAGAGAUGAUCCAGUGGCACAAGACGGUCAGCCAAAAGUUCGAAUUCGAUUACUGGAAGAAGAAUUUACUCCGCUCGUCUCCGCCGAAUUUCGGUUCAUACCACGACCAGUUUAACCAGAAGGAUGCUCCGACCUCCGCCAAAGAGGAGGAAUUUGCCCAAAACCAGCAGCAGCACCACCCAGGCCAUCCCAACCGCCAUUCUAACCACUCGAGAUCAUCGAGCUAUCGCUAUUCCGUGCCCGCCGACGCGCAAACAUCUCGCCGUCACCAGAGACGACAAAGUGCUGAGAUUCCGCAGGCCAAUUUACAUAAACCGCAACCAAGCUUACCUCGUCGCUCGGCGGAGUUCGCGGGCGCGGGCGCUCGCGCGAGCGGCUACGCGUCCCCACGCGCGCCUUCGCCCCCGACAUACCCGGAGCAUGCACCGCCGAAGUCUCGAGGCCGAGAGCGCAAGACAUACUCCCGUCCUAUGAGCCCAGAGCCUGUCCACGGACAUAGUUCCUCAGAUGCAUCCUCCGAGGACUCUGGGACCGCAACACAAGAGCCCGGCUCGCCUCCGCCGCACUACCCACAUCAACGAAAUUUAUCUCCGCCGCACGCUCCAAACGCCCGUCGGCAUUCCCAUGAAGCAUAUUCGCGCCGACCGCAGAGAGAACUAUCCCCCGACUCGCAGCGACGGUUCGCAUACCGCGAGGCAUUUCCCGGAAACUCGAGCUCCAGGAUCUAUGACUCCGACAGCGGUCGCUGUGUGCGGCAGCCCAGAGUCUAUAUCGAUGAAGUCCGCCAAUCCCGUACCCCCGUCUCUCAAUACCGCGAACCUGGCUUUGCCGAGGCGGCUACCGCUCCAACCAGCCCUGUGUACGGACACGCACACCCAGUGCACCAUGUGCACCCCAUCCAUCCUAUACACCCUCGUUUCGUGAACGGAAGUGGCCCAGCCUACAUGGUCCAUCCACAGGCUGACCUCGACGCAAACAUUAUGGACGACCCGCGAGAUCCAAGACGCAACAGCUAUCGCGGUGGCAGCGUGACUCCAAACCCGAGCGGGAAUCCUGCUCACCACGGUCGGCCGCGCUUCGCGUCUGUAGGCGACUUCCAGCCUCCACGAUGGUCCGGCGUCCACAAUUCCGGUCCCGGCGGACGAGGGGUGCCCCAGAACAUCAUGGAAGCUGAAUACGGCAGGAUGGCAUCGCUGUACGAUCGUUAG